AUGGGGAAAGAUAGAGCUGUGUUCAUAUGCAGAGAAGCUGUUGUUAUAGAUACAGAAAAAGGUAGAUAUGCUGAGAACAUGAUUGAAACCACGCUCCGCCUUCGCCGCGCUAUUCACAGUCCCGAUGCUUCCCUCGUAAAUCGAAUCCUCAAAUCCCAUCCUACCCUCCUCCAUAACCCCGAUUCAUCACCUCACGGCCUCUCCAACACAUCUUUACACCUUGCCUCCUCCCUCGGCCACCUUGAUGUUGCUUCUCUCCUUUUAUCGCUCGGCCAUGAGUCUCUUUCUAUCUCUCUCAAUGAAGAACAUCAGACUGCCCUUAUGCUCGCCGCCUGCGCGGGGCACACCGAUCUUGUGAAUUUGCUAUGCUCGCAAGGAUCCGCCGUAUCAGGUAUACUAAGACGGGAUAUGAGAGGUCGAGAUGCAAUUAUGUAUGCUAGUCGUGGAGGUCAUGAUACUUGUUUGCAGAUUCUCCUUACAUGUGCUGCUUUGCAUAAAGAUCCUAAAGAAGUAUUGGCAAACUCAGAUGCGGAUGGAAAUACGGCAUUGCAUUUUGCAAGUAGUAAUGGACAUAUGCUGGUAUUGAGAACAUUAUUGGCUGCAGGUGCGGACAGUGAGAGGAGAAAUGUUUGGAUGUGGACUCCGAUGGCUUACAGCGCGACUAUACAAGCAGAAGUUUAUUUCAAAAGGUUAGUAGGCGAGGUGGAGAAGAGAAAGGAGAUGAGGGUGGAGGUCAAGGUUAGCUCUUUUCCAGGUUUUGGAAGAGGGGAGAAGAAAGGAGCUGGAACGAAUGGGAAGGCGAAUGGAGACAUAUAUGGGAUCUGGCGCACAUGUCGAGACAUACUUGGUGAAGUCUUCAGUGCUCAAAUCCAGUACUCAGAUUUCGCCAACGCCAUUUCUGUUCCACAACAACUCUCUGCAUUCUGGAAUUGCUCAACCAUAUUGACUUGGUAUUCUAUCAUCAGAUCAGCAAUUUUCCCCGGAAAUGGAUGCGCUAACGAGUCAGGAGGUUCGGCAACUACGCAUACGUCAUCGGCAUUCUACUCAAGUGUUGUAGUGCGGGGUGUUGAUCUCUCCAACUCAAGUCGGUUCUACACAGCCGGUACACCCAACCGCCAAAAGGUUUCUAUCACACUCGAGGAGUUAGGAUUGAAGUACGAGACUACUCAUAUUGAUAUUUCGAAGAAUCAACAGAAAGAAGAUUGGUACUUGAAGAUCAAUCCAAAUGGACGAAUCCCUGCCAUAAUAGAUCGAUCUACCGGCUCGGAUGAUGUUCCAGUCAGUUCUGAUGGGAAGGAUAGCGAAAAGAGGGUAUUUGAAGGAGGUGCUAUUCUUUUGUAUUUGACGCAAAAGUAUGACAAGGAUUACAGAAUUUCUUAUCCUUUUGAUAGUGACCGAUACUGCGAAGUAGUCGAGUGGGUAAUGUGGAUGCAAAGUGGUAUUGGUCCCAUGCAAGGCCAAGCAAAUCACUUCUACCGCUAUGCUCCAGAGAAAAUUGAAUAUGCGAUAGAUCGCUACCAGACCGAAACAAAACGCCUCUACAGUAUCCUCGAGGCUCGUCUCAGCUCCCGAAAACGUCAAAAUCACACUGUAGCCAAUGCUACCGAUUCUACCGCUGGGCCAGAAAAGAGUACCAAUCAAUCCCCAGGUCCAUGGAUCGUCGGUGACAAAUUAACUAUUGCUGACCUGGCUUGCUUUUCAUGGGCUAAUGUUAGACCUAUACCCUUUUGUGGGCAGAAUGAAGCGGAAAUAGAUACCUCUCCAUACCCCGAGAUUGUAAAUUGGUUAAAGAGAAUAAACGGUCGUCCGGCUGUGACCAAGGGAUUGAACGUUCCAGAGGCGUUUCAAAUGAAGGAGAAAAUGAAAACUAAGAAAGGUGAGGAGGAGUAUGCAAAACAUCAUUCAAACUGGGUAAUGAAGGGACAGGAAAAUGACCAGGCGAAACACAAGUAA